AUGCAGCAAUCUUUGCAAUCUAUUGGUGCUUCAGGCUGCUCUGCAUUUGAGGCUGUAGAGACAGCUGAAUGGGGCUAUCAGGGUCACCCUCUGCUGCAGGAAGGAGACAGCAGCAGCAGCAGCAGCAGCGGCACCAGCAGUGUCUUUCCAAACAGGAGUCUCCUUUCCCAGCUGCUGCACGCCGUCGACGACAGCAGCAGCAGCAGCAGCAGCAGCAAGUUUCUAGGGAUACGCGUGUUGCAGCAAUCCCUCAAAGGCAUAGAGGGUCUCCUGGGGGGGAACAGCAGCAGCAGCAGCAUAUUAGAUUUAAUCGAGAGAUUUGUAGAAGAUGGAAAGGUAUUAAAGGGGGACGCAAUAGGGCUUUCAGCAACGCAUGAGGCGUUUGGUUAUAACGUGCAGCAAAUGAAGACAGCAGCAGAAAAACAUUAUAUGACGAGUCUCUUUGCUGCUGCUGUAGAUACACUCCGACCAGAUGAUACAUACACUGCUCUGCUCUCUGCACAUGAAGUCUUUUCAGAAACUGUGGAUAAAGCAAUACAGGGGGUAACUCUACCUGAGUUGGAGCUAUCAAUAGACCUGGACCCCCUUGCUGCUGCUACUUCGGGAGUGCAGCUUGCUGCUUCUGAAGCUGCUGAUGUAGGGGCAUUUGCUGCAGUCUUGGGGCCCCUGCUGCUGUGGGCGGAGGUGGCGCUGCUGUUCUUAGAUGUGGAGAAGGUUCAGGAUUGGAUGAAUGAGUUUGGGUAUAUGUUUGUCUUUGAUGGGGAGAAGCUCAAGGCCAACCCCUCUACCCAAGACUUAGUAGACACCUUUCCAGAGAUUUUAGAUAGUGGCAUUCAGGUGACUACAAGAACAGUCUCCUUAGGAGAAGGAAAGACAAAGAAAGUUUUGGGUUUGUUUGAUGUAAGCAACCUUCUCUCGCCUUUCUCUUUAGAAGGCUUUGAUACCAUCGGCACCAAAUUAAUCAUUACUUCAAAUUAUCCAAACAAAGACAGCGCAGAAUUCAUUAAAGUACUGAAGGAAGUAGAAGAAGAAAAGACUGCGGAGUACAAAGCCUCAGGAGAAACCAACAGUGGUGCAGCAGCAAAAGCAAAGAGAUACACUGAGCAGCUGAAAAACGCAGUGCUGCUAUGCAGAUUCAAGCUGCAAAUGCUGGAGGAGACGAUCCCCUGCUACCGCUACAAUAAACAAGACAACCCCACAAAAAGCACUUGCAAAGGAGAAGAGUUUUUUGGGCAGCCUGAGUUGGGGUCUUGGAAUAUUAUUGAACAAUCUGUUUAUCACCUUACAGUAGCAAGCCGCGACAUUGGCAAGGAGAUACAGCAAUACGCUGAGCAAGUUGUUGAGUACACCCGCGAAAUGAUGGGGUUAAUGGAGCGCAUUCUUUUUUCUCUUUAUAAUUCCCUCAGUUGUUCAUUUAUAAAGGAGCAUCUCCUCAACUCUGCAUAUUUAGCUUGCUAUGAAGGCAUAGACAGAACCUGGAAUGCUGCUGCACUGAGGGCUAUUGGAGAGCUCUGUGCGGUGCUGCUGGGUUUGCUGCUGUUUAUUAUAUGGCGCAUGCAAAAAGACAACAAGUUGCAGCAGCGGCUGGAGUAUAAGCAGCAGAAGCAGCAGCAGCAGCAGCAGCAAUCUGAACAGCAGCCCCUAAGACACGAUGAAGAGACACGAGGAGAUGUCUUUGAUGAGACAGGCAUAGAUGUCUUUGAGCAUGAAAGAGAGACAGAGCAACCCAUCGACGGCUCCAGCUCGAUGUGGGCGUAA